AUGACUCUGAACCCUCAGAAGCACAGGCCUUGUUACGAGAUAUUCAUCAUCACACCGAAUCCGACAGCGAUGAUGAAAAUUUCCUUCCAAGCGCUGCUAGCGACGAGGAGAGUGGCCUCAGCGAUUCAUGCGACUGUUCUGACAGACCAAGAUCAACUUGAGAUGUACGAGUACAGAGGACAGGAGUAUUUGAGACAGUUCUUUGAUCGGGAGAUGUUUGAGCACUUGGCAGAGCAGACUAACCUCUACUCCGUGCAGAAGAGUGGGAAGUCUACCAACACAGACGCAGAUGAGAGGGAGCAGUUUGUCGGGAUAUUUUUGAUGACAGGACUGAUUCCAGUCCCGCAGUACCACUUCUAUUGGAAUGAGAAGCUGCAGUUCACACCCGUGUCUCAGACGAUGUCAAAGAACAGGUUCAAACAGCUCCGAAGGUAUUUCCACGCUGCAGACAACAGCAAGAUCUUGCCAAAACUAGACCCGGGCUUUGACAGUCUUUUCAAGCUACGUCCUUUUCUGGAUGCACUGCAGGAAAAAUGCUUGGCUGUGGCACCAGAAGAAGCGCAAAGUAUUGUAUACCAGUUUGCGGCGUACAUUGGAGCAGACACCCUGAAAGAAAGCCAAGACUACCAGCUCGGCUUUGGUGACAAUAUCGUCAUGGCAUUAUGUGAUGGCUUGCCUAACGCCAGCAACUUCAAAGGGACCUUUGAUAACUGGUUUUGUUCUAUUGAGCUUAUCGAAGAUUUGAAGAGAAGAGGGAUCUUUUCCUGUGGUAGAAUCCGUGCCAAUCAAAUGAGGAACUGUGUUUUGGAGUCCGAAAAAGACUUCCGAAAGAGAGGAAGAGGCUCCUUCGACUAUAAUGUCGAAAACUCUGAGAAUGUUGUUGUGGUUCGAUGGCUGGACAAUAAAGCUGUCCAGCUUGCAUCCUCCUACACAGGAGUUGAGCCGGAAGAUCAAGUCAAAAGGUGGAGCGCUUCGGAAAAGAAGCACAUCCUGGUUACUCGCCCAGCGAUUGUCAAGACCUACAACGAAACAAUGGGGGGCGUUGACCUUGCAGAUCAGCUGAUCGAAUACUACAGGAUACCAACAUGUUUCUUUAAAUGGUACAUAAAGCUGUUUGUUCAUUUCCUCAACUUGACUGCUAUCAACUCGUGGCUCCUCUACAGGCGACACGCGCAGCAACUUCAGCUCUCAAAGCAAAUGACACUGUUCGAGUUCAUAUUGGAUGUGUCAGAUGCUCUUCAACGAUCACUUGAACCCUGUGAGGGGAGGUGGAGAAAAGAGGGAAGCAGGGAUGAUGAGCAGGGGGGAGGAAUCGGAAUUUUCAUUACUUAG